UGACUCCUUCCCCAACCCAAGUAGAAUUAGUAGUCCCUUGUGUUUCUGUCCUGUUAUGAAACAUAGAAACACAUUCUUUUCUUCCCUACCAAAAGCAUGAGAUACAUCCGGACAGGGAGCUUGAAGAGGCUUUUCUCCCUCAAACGCCACGCCUUCGAUGAAGACUUACAAGACGAGAAGCCCCGGGAGAAUUUUCAAAAGCCCACAUGGAAAUGCUACUCCUACGACGAAAUCUCCUCCGCCACCAACGCCUUCUCUCAAGAGAAUAUGGUGGGGAAGGGAGGGUUCGCGGAGGUGUAUAGAGGAGUGCUUCAAAACGGGCAGGCCAUCGCGGUGAAGCGCUUGACCAAGGCCCAAAACGACGAGAGGAAAGAGAAGGAAUUCUUGACCGAAAUCGGAACCUUGGCACAUGUUUCCCAUCCAAAUGUCACGCCCCUUCUCGGCUGCUGCAUCGACAACGGCCUUUAUCUCAUUUUCCACUUCUCUUCCAAAGGCUCUGUUGCUUCUCUUCUUCAUGAUGAGAAACUGCCUGCAUUGGACUGGACAACAAGGUACAAAAUUGCUCUUGGAACUGCAAAAGGGAUACACUAUUUACACAACAAUUGUCCUAGGAGAAUAAUUCACAGAGACAUUAAGUCUUCCAAUAUUUUACUAGAUGAAGAUUUUGAGCCACAGAUAUCAGAUUUUGGUCUAGCAAAAUGGCUUCCAUCACAAUGGAGUCAUCACUCCAUUGCUCCAAUAGAAGGAACAUUCGGGCAUUUGGCACCGGAGUAUUUCAUGCACGGAGUUGUGGACGAGAAGACAGACGUGUUUGCAUUCGGUGUAUUCUUGCUAGAGCUUGUUUCUGGCAAGAGGCCUGUUGAUAGUUCUCAUCAAAGCUUGCAUAGCUGGGCCAAGCCUAUACUAAGCCGAGGAGAUUUGAAAGAGGUCAUUGAUCCAAGGCUUGGCGAUGACUACAACAUCGUCCACCUCAACCGGCUCGCCUUUGCAGCCUCUCUCUGCAUACGCGCGUCUCCAAUUUGGCGUCCCACCAUUACUGAGGUGGUGGAGGUGAUAUCAUCGGAGGAGGAAAUCGACCCGGAGAAAUGGAAAAUUCCGGAGGAAGAAGAAGAUCGUGAAGAGUUCUGGGGGUUCGAGGAUCUCGAGUGUGAAUGUGAAUAUGAAUGCAACACCUCUUCGUCUUCAAACUCCCAACACGACGACUCGAUCUCAACAGGGAGUUCGUACAAUAGGAGGAAGGAGUGUUAUUAGAUUCAAGAUGUGAAUAUGAAAAUAAAAAUGUAAGAAAUCUAGCUAGUAUUGUUACAUGUAACAAGAUCAUAUAUGUUUUUUCACUUUUUUCUUCUUGUUGUAGACACUAUUAAGUCUAUAAUGUAGCUAUGCUAUGGCAAUUUUGAUCA